GCCAAUUUAGGUUCGCAAACGAUAGUCGUCGGGCAACCGUGGGCUCUUCCUCCUUCCUUUUUCAUACCGCUGUUGAGUCUAAGGCGGUGAAAGUAUGUCUGGGAAGCCAGAUCCAAAGGCGAAGAAGGCGCCUGCGGCGGCAAAGACUGCUGCCAAGGGCGCCUCCGCUGUUGCAAAGGGUGAUGCGGCAGUCCCCAAGAAGGCGCAUGCCCCGCGGAACCAGAAGCUCCCCGGUGGCGUGUGGCUCUUCUCCCGCUCCAAGAUGUUCCACAAGCGGGGCCUCUUCAAGGUGAAGCACGCGCCAGUCCCCAAGGAGAAGCGAAAGCGCAAGAAGCGUGUCCACGUCAAGAAGAUCAACGGCGAUAACAAUGGCGGCAAGCGCGUUGUUCACAUCAAGAAGGAGCGCCGCUCCUACCCUACGGAGGACAGCCCCAAGCAUAAGAGGACCACCCACAUGAAGCCUUCCUCGCUGCGAAUUGCUAAGCUCCGCAAGAGGAUCACCCCUGGCACCAUCCUCAUCCUUCUGGCUGGACCCCACCGUGGCAAGAGGGUAGUUUUCCUGAAGCAGCUCAAGACGGGCCUGCUCAUGGUGACCGGCCCCUACGGCAUCAACGGCUGCCCUCUGAGACGCAUCAACCAGAUCUACGUGAUCGCCACCAGCACCAAGAUUGACAUCUCGUCAGUCAAGCUGCCCGAAAACCUCGACGACCGCUUCUUCAAUCGACCAAAGUCGGCCAAGAGGCGAAGCCGCAAGGACGAGGGCGAGAUCUUUGACACCAAGCCACAGGAGCGAACGGUGAGUGACGAGCACCGGAAGGUCCAGAAGGAGGUCGACAAGCAGGUGCUGGAGGCCAUGAAGAAGCACCCCGAAAAGAGGGCUCUGGUGCACUACCUGGCUGCCAGCUUCUCGCUGCGCAACCGUAUGUACCCACACAGAAUGAAGUUCUGAGGGAUCCUGUACACAAAUAAAAAAACUCCUGGCCUCUGGCAAA